AUGUCUCAUAAUAGAAGCAGCGUCUUGUCGUUCGUGCCCACGUCGCGGGCAAAUAAUUUCCUACACACCCAUAAAACUAAUUCCGCUCACUCGACAAUACAAGUGGAGUUCAAGUGGUUUGAAACGAACAUCUCAUAUAAUGAGAAUUUUCUUCCCCACAACCACAAAUACCCACGCCACGGCGAAAUUUUGUCACUGUCCUCGGACAGGACACUACUGUCUUCCAACUCGGACUCCACGAAACACGAAAACAGUGGUCCAUGGAUGGAGUUUAUUCCCACGAAAAGGAUAAACUUGUAUAAGUUCGAUUUGCUCGAGCACCAUGAGGCCCGUAUGAUAUCAACAGUGCUCGAGCAACAUGACGAUUUCGAAAACAUUGUGAUGUCGAUUGACAUCAGUGCUCGAGCACGCAACACAACGCAAAACGGGGCCGCGCUCGAACGUCGUGAUGUUUCCCCUAGUUUAUAUUAUCUAUAUAGAGAUAUUUCGUAA